GUUGCAAAUCUAGGCUGGGCCGAACUACUUAUUUUGGCUCCACUCUGCCGCAAACCCCGUCACGGCCCACGCAACAGUAAAUCGACACAGUUGUUCACCUGCAGGCUGCAACCUUUUCGCUAUGUAACGGCUGGAAACUUGGAAGGCAGUCGUAGUCUGGUAGAAGCUAAGCCUAUCUCCGUACCGUUUUGGUCGCUGUUUAGUGGAGCUCGUUGAGAAGACGAAGGCGGCGUCCUCUCGAAUAGAGCCCCAGCCGACUCGCUUUCUAUGUUCAUUGUAGAGUCCUUUUCUUCAGUUGCCGGAACCAAUUUCAAUUUCUCCGAGCAUUUGCGCGAAGGUCAAUCAUGCCCAUCUUUCUCUGCCAAUAUUUCCAAGUCCACGCCGUAAUUACGUGCCAAAAACAAGGGCAUUGUCGUCCUCCGAAGAAUUCCCUCCAAAUGCGCUUCGCCGGAAGCAGGAUCCACAGUGGAGAGGAGGGUUCAGUUUAGGAGUAGAUUUGGGAAUGUCACGCACCGGCCUGGCUCUUAGCAAAGGCUUCUCUGUUCGCCCCCUCACAGUUUUAGAAUUACGAGGACAAAAACUGGAACUUCGAAUUCUAGAGAUUGCAGGAAAUAAGGAGGCAGAUGAGUUUAUAGUUGGGUUGCCAAUAUCUCGGGACGGCCAAGAAACGCCACAGUCCAACAAAGUCCGUAGUGUUGCUGGAAGGCUUGCUAUUCGAGCUGCUGAAAGGGGUUGGAGAGUAUACCUGCAGGAUGAACACGGGACGACGUCGGAUGCCACAGGCCUUAUGAUUGACAUGGGCCUCAGUAAGUUGGCUCGGCAAAGAAAAGGUGACGCCUACGCUGCUAAGAUUGUAUUAGAGAGAUAUUUUUCAACAUCCGGUAUGGAAACUGAACUGGUACUCCCCAACCCCAAGCAUGUGGAUCUACUUGAGAAACUUCGGAAGGGUCCUCCCAAGGACAUAGAUUUUGUUCUAGAAUAAUUACAUUGUUGAUAGUUGUCGUUCUUUUUUUUUCUUUUUUCUGGAUUGUUGAUGAACUUAUGGUAAAUCAUCCUGGUUUAUAUGUAUGCCCCGCGAUUAUUGAAAUUUUCAUUUGAAAGGGAA